AUGUGCUCUUUCCUCACGCCUGAGAGAUAUUUCUGUUCUCAAAGCGCCACGCGACGUGUAUUUACUGCCGACGAAGCUUUAGGCGAGCCCGUUGAAGUCUUCGAGAGCCGUCUUACCGAUAGCAACUUCAACGGAAUCAUACCAUGCUUUGUCAAAUGGCUUUACGGCUUUAGUCUUGAUAAUGGUUUCGAUAUCGAAAAUGACCAAGUGUAUUGGGGAAACAAGCAAAUAUUAAGGUUUCAUCUAGACUUCUUCGCUUUCUUCGGUACUCGCGAGGUAAUGGUGCGUCGAAUUUAUGAGACUGGCGGCGAGCAUGUAGUACAGCUCUUAAUAAUCAUGGAGGCUGUAACAAAGCUGGUAGUUUCGAUGGCGCUCCUUACGAAGAGAAGAAUAUCUACAAAUAUCUCGUCGAUGAGAGCACGGUCAACGCACCUGCUGCGGCUCCCAAACUCAACACCCUCUCAGAUCGCACCACCUGCUGCCUUGACGAGAGCACUGAACGAGGUCCACGCUAAUGACUUCUUUCAUGAUGCUGAGGUCGAGGCUGCAGUGCUUGCACUUCCACCUAACGAGCGGAUCGCGGUCAUGAAUGCGAUGGCAGAUGACGAGAUGUGACAUCGCAGUGUUUAGUGCUUGCACUUCCCGGAUCUAUCUCACAACAUAUCAACAUAAAAGAGCUUCUGCACACAAUCUCUCCAAAUACUCGCUC